AUGUCGAAUCAUAAAAUCGGACUCAUCGCUGCGAUUUCUUACACAAUUGGCGAUAUAGUCGGAUCAGGUUGGUUUCUGAAUUUUUAAUUAUUUUUUAAGUUUCCUGUGAAAAUUUUUAGUGCCCACUACAGAGGUACUCUAUUUAGUGGCCACUUCAGUGGUCCAUCCAGUAACUCUGAUAAUUUUUAAACAAACACAUUGGACCAGUUAUGUUGACCCCUAAAGCAGCCACUAAAGUCUUUAAUGGUCUAGUAAUAGCACUCAGACUUCUAUAGUGGCCACUAAUUUUAACCCCUAAAGUGGCCAAUAAUUUGACUAAUAUAGUGGCCACUUGAACGUCAAAACCCUAUAGUGAGCCCUAAACAUUUUCGCAGGGUCACGCAAAAUUUUUGAAAAACCCUAAUUUUAUGCGCUGCCAAAAUAAAGGCAAAAGAAAAUUUGUGCGCUUCUAACUUCAACUAAAGAAAAAAACGAUCGAAAUUUAAAGAAAUUGGGAAAUUUUAUUUAUUUUUUUGUACCUAAUAUCUUUUAAAGGCCGGAAAAAUGACCAUAUUCCUCAUAUUACAGGAAUUUUCGUUUCACCCACUUCAAUUCUGAAUCACACGGGAUCUGUCGGCCUUUCUUUGUGUGUCUGGGCUCUUUGUGCAUUUAUUUCCCUGUUUGGAGCUCUCUGCUAUAUUGAGCUUGGGACGACUAUUCGGAAGUCGGGAAAUGAUUUUGCUUUCUUGUCACAUUUUGGGUGGUGAGUAUGAUAUUUUAAUUAUGUGAAAAUAGAUUUUUUUUUUGUUUUCAAUGGUUUAUUAUUCUUCUUUUCUUCUUUUUGUUUUUUUAUAAGAUUAAAAAUUCCCAUUUUGCAGCUUUACCCUCCUAAAUUCGAAUUUUAGGCACCCAAUCGCCGCAGCUUUCAUGUGGACUUCGGUAACAUUAUCCUACCCGUCCACGAUGGCUAUCCAAGCAAUCACUUUAGGGGAAUAUGUUGUCACAGGUUUUUUUCCCUUGAAUAUUUUUUUCUUUAUGAUGAUAUUACAGGCCUCAAUAAUUGGAUCGACAUGGAUCCUAGCUCCAAUUUUUAUGCUUAUCGACUAAUUGGAUUUUCAGUUAUUUGUAAGUUAUUUAAAAAUUUUUUUGAAACCUGAAAAAAAUAAUUUUAUCAGGGCCUCUGAUGUUUCUGAAUUUUUUCUCGUUGAGAAAAGUCGCCGCUUCGUUUCAAAUCGCUGCGACUGGCGCCAAGUUACUCGUUUCAGCUAUUAUUAUCGUCACUGGGAUGUACUUUUUGAUUUUCAAACGUGGGUUAUUUUUGGUAUGAACUCUUAAGUGAUCACUCGAGAUGGGAAACUUGGGUCGAUGAGAUAAAGGAAAAUGGAAACUUCAGUAUGCAGCUUAGACAAUAAAGCUUCUCCUACAAUCCUUAAGGGAUCACUUAGGAUGAAUAAGGAAAUCGAUGAUUUUUCUUGCUUAAGUGAUCACUUGGGGCGUCUACUAAAAGUUAGUUUUCUCUUAAAAACCUUGAGUGACCUUUUAAGAUCUCUAACUUCUUGAGUAUCUACUUGACUGUAAUCCCUUAAGCGACCACUUGGGUAGUUUAUCAGCCAGUACUCACGAGAGAUCACUUGAAUGACCUUGGAAAACCUUUAGUGGCCACUAUAGAGGCUCGCCAAGGACUACUUGGAGAGGACACUAAAGUGGCCGCUAAACCCAACUCUAUAGUGACCACUAUUUUCUGUUUUAGUGGCCACUUCAGUAUUUUUUCAUCCAGUAUUCCUUCCAGUAACUCUGAUAAUUUUAAAACAAACAGAUUGGGCCAGUUAUGUUGAUCCAUUGACCUCUAAAGCGGCCACUAAAAUCUUUAGUGGUCAGUAGUAACACUUAGACCUUUAUAAUGGCCACUAAUUUUAACCCCUUAAGUGGCCACUAAUUUUAACCCCUUAAGUGGCCACUAAUUUGACUACUAUAGUGACCACUAAAACAUGAAAACCCUAUAGUGGCCACUAAAAAUUUUCCCAGACCUUCAUAGCUUGAAUUUCUUAUAAAUCGUCGGAAAGUGGUCAAAGCCUAAAGUGAACCGCUCUUCAGAAAGUACCUCGAAUUUUCAAAACAGCUUCUCUGGAACUGUUUGGAAACCUGACCAACUGGUCCUUGGCGUUUAUUCGGGCCUCUUUGCCUACAACGGCUGGGAUGUCCUCAAUUUUGGCGCUGAGGAAAUUGAGAAUCCUCGAAGGUGACGUCAUGAUGAGAUUCUGAAGACGUGACACUUUCGAUCACCUUCAGAACGCUUCCGAUCGCCGCCCUGACCGGAAUCUUCAUUUCGGCCACUGUUUUCAUCUUGAUGAACGUCUCCUAUUUCACUGUCCUCACGGUUCAGGAAUUCAAAGAGUCGCCGGCGGUCGCUGUGGUCAGUUUUUCAGUUGUCAUAUCCAUUCUGAACAUUCCCGUGAACUUCCACCUACAGAAAAGCUACCUAUAGUAAGCCCUGCUCAGAUAUUUGCAGAGAAAACCCUGGGCGAUUUCCAAUAUGCUGUACCUUUCCUGAUCUCCGUUUUGCUCGUCGGAAGCUUGAACACGGGCGUUUUUGCGUGCAGCAGGUAGGGUUUUGUGAAAAAAUGGCCAUGAGAGGUGUUAUUGCGCUCUAUGGCUAAUUUCUGAAUAUGAGUUUAAUUAUAUGCCGGGGCCGGCCCGUCAGCCCGACCCGACCUCAGCGAGGCCUCAAAAUAGCCAGUCCGGCCCAAAAUUUUUUGACCAAUUUUUCAGCAGAAACUAAUCUCGGGCAAAGUCUAAAUGGUGGAUAAUGACCGCUUAAAGGAAAAGGCUGAAAAAAGGCCGCAAAAAGGCUGCAAAAAAGCAGCAAAAAACCCAUUAUCGAGCCCUUCAUUUUUUCUGGGGUUUCAAAGGCUCAAGAAUUGGUCGAAAUCGGAAGAGUCAGCAAAAAUGGUGCAUAAUAGCCGAUGAAAUGGCGCAAAAAGGCAGCAAAAAAGGAGCCUUUGUCACUCUAAAGGGAACAUUUCUAUGGAACCUUUUUCCGCCCUUUCCGACUUUGCCUGAGCUAUCAAUCACGAUUUAAAAGUAGAAAAGCCCGGCUUCUUCUCAAAAACGAGCCUAAAGUACAAGCCUGAUAAUUAUGUUAUCAGAGUUCAAGCAGGCUUAAUUGAUGGCCUAAAACAACUGAAAAAUGGCUGCAAGCGCGCCCCAAGGCUAAUCAAAAACUUCAAAGUUAACAAAUAAAUAAACGAACUGCGAAGGAGCCAGUUUAUUCAGAUUUUUUGAUUUUCUUCGAAGUUUCGCAGGUCUCAAAAAUUUUUUCCACAGCUACUCGGACCUUGGUAACGCGAACGGGACGCGAAUCGGACGUGUCGGGGCGUUUCUAGUGACCACUUUAGUAGCCUCAGAACUCUUAAGUGAUCUCUAGAAUCGCCCAGAAACGUCCGGAGCACGUCCGUUUCGCGUUACCAAUGUCCGAGAAUUUUUUGUUUUUCAUUUACUUUCUUCUUUCCUCGUAUACUUUUUUUACAGCAACCUUCAGAUACAUGUAUGCCGGAGCGAAAUCUCACGUGGUUCCUUCCCCUUUUCGAUUAGUUCAUACUCAAUCGAAAAGCCCUCGGAUCGCUGUAUUCGCUGAGGUCUUUUUUGUUCGAAAACUGAUCAGUAAAAAACUUUCAAGGUCCUGAUUGCAAUCGGAUUGUCUUUUAUCGGUAACUUGGACCAGAUCAUCAGCUACAUGUCAUUUGCCCUUUGGUCUCAGAGGACUUUCACCCAGGUAGAGUGGCUAAAGAGCUUGGGUCCGAGUUAGGGGUGGUUGGUUCGGCCCCAGGAGGCGUUUUUGCUUUAAUCCUCACCACAGAGACUUCUCGGACCUUGGUGACGCGAAUCGGACAUGUCCGGGCAUUUCUAGUGACCACUUUAGUAGCCUCAGAACUCUUAAGUGAUCCCUACGACGUCCGAAGCACGUCCGUUUCGCGUUACCAAUGUCCUAGUUAUAAUUUCAGAUCGGCUUCAUCUACUUCAAAUGGAACGGGAAAUUGAAGCAAGACGACGCUUUUACGGUCCCAAUUUUUGUUCCCAUCGUAUUUCUCUUCAUCUGCAUCGCUUUGUUGGUUAUCCCAGCGUAUCAGGUGAUUUUUUGCGCCCGAAAAAAUAAUAAAUUGUUGAUUCCAGGACUUUUAUGUAGCUAUUUACGGCUUAUCGCUGAUUGUUGGCGGAUUCAUCAUCUAUUUCAUAUUUAUCCUUCCCAAGAGGCUACCCAGCUUCCUCUACGUUAUUGAUGGUAUUGAUUAG